UACUCCUCUCCUUCAUUUGCUUGUAGUUUAACACAACCUAUCUCUCCUGCCAGAUUGCGGCCUCUGUGAGGACAGGAUCAGGAUCUUGGUCAAAUUUAUUUCUGCAUGGGCCUUGCACACAAUAAAGGUAUAUUGAACAAACGAAUCUCUUCCUCCCCACUGGCAGGAAAGGCUCCUGGGAGGGAGAGUAGGCGAAUGGUGAGCUAGGACGUUUGAACUCAGGGUUCUGAGGAGUUAGGAGCCAUGCUUAGUGAGCCGAGACUCUCGAGUUGGAUCAAAAGUAAGAGGGGCCGGAAAGGAAUCCGCCUGAGUUCCGUCGGGGGGUCGGCAGCAGUCAAGGGCCGACGGCCGAGUGCUGGAUCUCAGAGGAGCUGAAAGGCCUAGGCUCGAGCAUGAGGAGAUCUGGAAUUUGGAGGUAGGAAGCGCCUAUCUGAGGGUUGAGACUGGUGCCGAGGACGAUGACUCCGUAGUUUAUAGUUUUCCAGGGUCGGAGACACUGAGGUCCGGAGUGGGCCGAGAACCGGCUCUGGUGCUCAGGCCCCGCCCCUUUCCAGGGAGGCCUCCCCGGACUGGCUGUCUCUCCGCAACGUCAUGCGGCCCCGCCCCGGCGCGCGCCCCGCCGCGUGCCCGCCCCCGGUGGCUGCUGCAGCCUACGCUGCCUUCGCCACUGCCUGCCGCCCGCGGAGCUGGAGCCGGAGCCCGAGCCUGAGCGGCGCCGGGCCCGACGUGGGGCUCCUGGGCCGCGGCGGCGGGCGGGCGAUGCUCCAGCGGCCUGACCAGCCAUGGAGGCCGAGGCAGGAGGCCUGGAGGAGCUGACGGAUGAGGAGAUGGCGGCGCUGGGCAAGGAGGAGCUGGUGCGGCGCCUGCGGCGAGAGGAGGCGGCGCGCCUGGCGGCUCUGGUGCAGCGCGGCCGCCUCAUGCAGGAGGUGAAUCGGCAGCUGCAGGGUCACCUGGGCGAGAUCCGCGAGCUCAAGCAGCUCAACCGGCGCCUGCAGGCAGAGAACCGCGAGCUGCGCGACCUCUGCUGCUUCCUGGACUCGGAGCGCCAGCGCGGGCGGCGCGCCGCGCGCCAGUGGCAGCUCUUCGGGACCCAGGCAUCCCGGGCUGUGCGCGAGGACCUGGGCGGCUGUUGGCAGAAGCUGGCCGAGCUGGAGGGCCGCCAGGAGGAGCUGCUGCGGGAGAACCUGGCGCUUAAGGAGCUCUGCCUGGCGCUGGGAGAGGAAUGGGGCCCCCGCGGCGGCCCCGGCGGCGCUGGGGGCUCAGGCGCCGGGCCAACACCCGAGCUCGCCCUGCCCCCCUGCGGGCCCCGCGACCUAGGCGAUGGAAGCUCCAGCACCGGCAGCGUCGGCAGUCCGGAUCAGUUGCCCCUGGCCUGCUCCCCCGAUGACUGAGGACGCUGCUUCCUCCACGCCAACGCCCACCCGGAUUGCUCCCGGAGCUCUGGGACUGCGAUGAACCUCGGGACCUGGACGCCUUCCUCUCUGAGCACGAGGGGCCGCUGGCAUGGACUAAGAAAUCCUGAAACCGAGGAGGGCCCCUCGCUCUCGCUGGCGGAGCAGCAGGGGGACUGGAGGCUGGAGCAGAUGGACUUGCUGGGGGGUUGGGUGAGGGCUAAUAAACCGGGACGGAAGCGGAGCCC